AUGGUUGAUCCAAUCAUCUGCAUCAACUGCCAGCAGUUGAAAAUUACAAUCCUUCUUCCAUGCGAGCACUCGCACUGUCUUUCUUGCUUAGAGAAGAAGUAUCCGAAAAUGAACAUCAUCAAGUGUACCAUUUGUAGGCAGUUGCACAUUAGACCACAGAACAUAAAUUCACUUGCUAAUGAUGAAGUCAUUACAAUGUUGGGGAGGAUUAAGAAGAGGAACGACGCGGAAAUGAGCAACAAAAAAUACUGCGAAACAUGUGAGGAUGUUGAAAGAGCGGCGGAGAAAUACUGCACCCACUGCAGACAACAUCUCUGUCUGUCUUGCCUUCAACUGCAUAAUAAGUUCAAAUCGUUCCAAACACAUGAGGUGGUUGAUAUCAAUGUUAAUUCGUCAAGCUAUAGCGAGGCAAUAAAUAAAAUUGAUUAUGAGAAGUGUCCGACUCACGAUCUAAAUAUAGAUAUCUAUUGCCAGAACUGCAAUCAGUUCAUUUGUUCAAAGUGUAUCUACCAACACGAACGACAUAAAUUUAAGGAAAUAAGUUCAAAAAUUGAAAAGGACAAAAAAAAGAUUGAGUCUACAAUCGCUGAACUGCAAAAGCGCCUUGCAAUUUACGAAGAAAAAUUACAAAAAUUUAAUAUAUAUACUAAUAAAGAUAAAAUUUUAUCAAAGAUUCAUUGCAGAGCUAACGCUUUAAAAUUCGAAAUUGAUAAAUAUAUCCAAGAUUUAACUGGCCGCAUUGAAAGUUGUUGCGAUGAUUUUGUUAAUAAAGUAAGAAAGUAUGAACAAUUAAUAUCAAUAGAAAAAGACAUCAUUGAAUCAAGAAUUUGUUCACUAGAAGAAACCUUGUGCAACUUGAACGUCCAAACAAUUACUUUGGAAAAAUAUGAUUUUCAUGUUCCUGAGUGCAAAAAAUUUGAGAUAUCAUUCCCUAAGUUUGAGUUGCAGAAACCGACCACUUCGUUAUACUUCAGUAAGUUCGAGAGUGCAUCUAAAUCAUCUUUUCUAAAAAGGAUUGGUGCUGAUGAGUUGGUAGGCUCCCUGCAUAUCAAACGGUAUAAUUGCGUCUACUAA